CUGCAGCCUCAAGACAUGUCCUGCAACACCCAGUGCCGUCCCUGCCAGCCCUGCGGCCCCACCCCGCUGGCCAACAGCUGCAAUGAGUGCUGUGUCAGGCAGUGCCAGGACUCCACCGUGGCCAUCCAGCCCUCGCCCGUGGUGGUGACCCUGCCUGGCCCCAUCCUCAGCUCCUUCCCACAGAACACUGUGGUGGGAUCCUCCACCUCAGCUGCUGUUGGUAACAUCCUCAGCUGUGAUGGAGUGCCCAUCAACUCUGGGGGCUUUGACCUCUCCUGCAUCACCAACCGCUAUGGUGGCAACAGAUGUCGUCCCUGCUAAACCACUGGUGCAGCCCUCACAAGGAUCCCCAGGAACCCAGAAGCUGAUGCUGGACUGAGGACACAGCUCCUGGCCAUUGA